UCUUCAUCAAAAUGAGUAGUUCUGCUCUGCAACAAACAAGGCGUAGCCCUCGAACCCUGAGAGAUCUUCUCAGUGAGAGUUCAAUUUCUUCUCCUUCUCCUUCCAGUGGGUUCAAACCGAUUCCACGGAAUCCGAUUCGCUCCACCACCAUGCGCAGCCUCAUCGAAAUGGACCUCAACAACUCAUCCUCCAGGAAUUCAAAUCGAAGGAUUCUGAAUUCCCUCCUAAACGCCCUUGUCAAGAGGUUCUCCACUUUGGCAGUGAAGUCUCCUUCGAUUUUGUCUCGGAGUGUCUCGCGUAAGCUUUCGAGGAAAAGCAAUUCCAGGAAUUGCAGGGGAUCGGCGGAAAUCAAAGUGCCCCUCAGAAUCAAGGAUAUCGUGCGGUGGAAAUCAUUCGGGGACAGGGAAGAGGAGCAACAUCAACCGUUGGAUUUCUCAUCCGCCUCCAGUUCCUCUAGUAGCAGCAAAGGCUCCAGUUGGAGUGACAGUGAUUUCUCUUCGUGCGACUGUAGUUUUGCGGAGUGCCCUCGAAACGACGUCGUAGAAGGGAAAAGAUUCUUGCCCCCGGUCGGCGCGGAUUCAGUGUAUGUGACGUCAGGAAAUCCAGCUGGGCCCAAGGGAAAUUCAAAAUUAAGAAGGCUAUUUGAAGAAGAAGAACAAAGGAGCCCAGUUUCAGUGCUUGAGACUGAGGAAUAUGAUGCAGAGCACAAUGAUAUUGAUGAUGAAUAUGAAGAAGGAGGAGAUAAAACUGAGAAAAUGGCAUGGAAAUUGCUACAUUUUACCAAAUCAAGUGGUUCAGUUGAAAGGAUUAAAGCUAAUAAUAAUUUGGAGAAACUAUUGUUGGAUUUCUUCAGAGAUGAAGCGGAGAAAAGGAGAGUUGAUAAUGAAAUUAGGAAUAAGGAAGACGAUGAAAACGACGAUGCGUAUGAGUGUGAGAUAUUGAGAAGAACGCAGGACUGGAUGAAUGGUUCAUUUGGUGAUGACUUUGAGAACAGUGAUAAGGAUGCUUGUAUUAGAGACAUGGAUGAGAGGGAAGGAUGGAACAAGUUUGAGGAGCAGAAACAAGAAUUAGCUUGCGAUGUUGAGGCUGCUAUUCUACAAAAUUUGAUUCUUGAGAUGAUCUUUAAUGGUUCUUUUUCAUGUUGAAAAAGAGAAUAAAGAUCUUA